GGGACUGGUAUCAUUAGUCAGGUUUUGAAUGGUAUACAUGUGAUUACUUUCUCUUUUGCUUUUAAGUAAAGAUGAUGAGGAAUAAAACGUGGAGAGCAAGCAACGAAAUUUUCCUAAGAAAAGUGUCCUCUCCUACCUCCUUCUUCCUCAUACUUUCUUCUGAUGUUUCUUUAUUUGCUUAAUUAUAUGUAUAUCUAUUCUUAGAAUUUUGAAAAUUGGGCAAAGCAUCAAUAUAUUCCUUUCUUUAUGAAGACCAAAACCAACAGCCAAGAAAAGAAUCUACUAACCAUGAGGCCUGGAAUAAUUUGAUGAAGCAAUUUUAUUUUUGUUCUUCUUCUAAAUAAUUUCACAAUAUCUGAGAGUUGGAAAGAAAGAGAGAUGGAAAUUCAACAUUUCAGCCGUGACCAUCCUUUGGUCUUCAUCCAAGAUCACAGUGUUGCAAGCAAAGCAACUCUUUGCCGUGGGUGUGAGAAACCUGUAGAGGGCUGGAGCUAUGGCUGCAAUCAAUGUGAGUUUUAUCUUCAUAAGGGAUGUGCUGAGUUAGAGUUAGCCCCCCAGAUUCAGCAUCCUUUCCACCCCAAACACCCUCUCACUCUUUUGCCAGAAUCACCUUAUAUAAGGGGGGGCGGAUGGUGCGAUUUUUGUGGUAAGCAAUUAGGGGGAUUUUUUUAUAAUUGUAAUGAUUGUGACUUCGAUCUGCACAUCAAUUGUGCUUUGCUUCAAUCAUCCAUUGCUGCUAAUUUUCCUAAUUCUUUGCACCCCCAUCCAUUGUUCUUCAUUCAAAACCAUAACAACGAAGUCGAUUCUGAUUGCUCUGGGUGUCAGAAACCAAUAUCUGGUCCAUUUUACCACUGUUCAGAUUGCACUUAUCCUAUAUUCCUUAACCUUCAUAAGGAAUGUGCUGAACUACCCCUUGAGAUUAAUCACCCAUGUGACCGUAAGCAUCCUCUUAUUCUCUUGCCACAACCGCCUACUCAUCCCCAGAAAUGUAGUUGCUAUUUGUGCAGAAUCCAAUGGAAGGGGUUUGUUUAUUCCUGCUCUCUAUGCAACUUUUAUCUUUUACUUGAUGAUUUUCUUUUUUCACCACCAACAAUCACAGUUGCAAGUCAUGAACACCCGUGGGUGCUUGUAUCUAGAAAAAUAUCGUUUGUUUGUGAUUUUUGUGGCACUGACGGGGAUCACUCCCCUUAUCACUGUGAUACAUGUGUACUUUUUGUCCACAAGAAUUGCAUUUCAUUGCCACGCCACUUCAGGAUAACACGACAUCAUCACACGAUUUCUCUUUGGUAUUCUUUUCAGCAGAAUCAAAUUGAGGAUUGUAUGUGCCAAAUUUGUUACAAGGAAGUUGAUAUAAGCUAUGGUCAUUACCGUUGUCCUGCUUCUCGUUGCCGUUAUAUUGCUCAUGUACGUUGUGCAACUGAUAGAGCAAUUUGGGAUGGAACAAUUAUGCUGGAAGGCUAUGAUGAGAGGUCCGAGGAAGUGGCGCAUGAACCUUGGAAUUUGAUUACUGAUGUUGUCGAACAAAUUCGUAUUGGAGAGCUAAUGGUAGCAAGUGAGAUCAAGCAUUCCUAUCAUGAUCAUAAUUUAAGACUCACUUUUAGUGGGAAGACCAAAGAUGAUGAUAGUCAGAGUGAUGGGUGCACGAGACCUAUAUCAACUCCUUUUUAUAGUUGUGAGCAAUGCAAGUUCUUUCUCCACAAAGAUUGCGCUGAAUUGCCUAAACAAAUGCCACACUCAUUUCACAGGCAUUUGCUUACUCUCACAAACUCACACGAUGAGUAUGAUCAUUCAUGGUGCCGUGCUUGCGGUCGGUUGUAUCAAGGAUUUAGCUACGGAUGCUACGAAGGAGGUUGCAGGUUUAGAAUUGACAUUCAAUGUAUGUUAUUUUCGGACACCUUGAAGCACCCAAGUCAUGAGCAUUCACUCUUUCUUGUCCACAACAACCAGGAAACGAGUUGCAGUGCUUGUUUCGAACAGCUAUUCCCAUGGAAUGUUACUUAUAGAUGCAUGAAGCGCUGUGAUUUCAGUUUAGAUGUAGGUUGUGCAACACUACCACUCGCUGCUUGUUACAAGUAUGACAGGCAUCCUCUUACUUUGACUUGUUCUGAUGAUUUUGAGCCUUCUCAACUUUACUGCGAUCUAUGCGAGAAAGAAAGAGAGCCAAAUCGUUGGUUUUACUACUGUGCUGAUUGUGAUAACUCUCUUCAUCUCAACUGUGCUCUUGGGGAUCUCCCAUAUAUGAAGCUUGGGAACAAACUCAAAGGUUUUCAUAAGCAUCCACUCACUAUUGUGAAAUACAUUUGGAAUUGCCCUCCAUGUAAGGUAUGUGAUGAGGUUUGCAAUGGGCAGGCUGUAGAAUGUAAAGAAUCUGAAUGCAACUUUACCGCCCACUGGUAUUGCUGCCGUAAGUAUAUCAAGUGAAGCAUUUCAACGAUAUUCCAAUCAAGUGAAACAUAGAAAGCGCAAGAUGAGAGGUGUGUCGUGUUCUGUGGAAGGGUGUAGUCAGAUUUGGUAAAAAUGAGUGAUGGCCUUAAUUGUUGUAAUCUGCAUUACGUUAUGUUUAUGAUAGUUGUUUGAGCAAUAGAAGAUUGUGUUAGAUGAAACAUGAUUUGUAACCACACAUCUUUAUUUUUCAGUUUUCUUAUCUGCUUGUUAUCCUUUCAACUUUUAUCUAAAAUUAUUAACGAGAACGAAGAA